CCUGGUUAAUACAUGUACCAAAAUCUUUCACGGUUUUCAAGUUAUGUCCCGGAAACGAAAUACGUACGGACGUUCACCAGAUGAUGAAUAUGUCGGACUCGCGUCAUUCAUUUUGAUUACGUCCUUUUUACGGGAGCUAGCAUUAGAUAUACUGGAACAUUGCUAAAAGAAGCGCAAAAAAACUCCUAACUGGGUGUGGCUUUGUUCCCGUGUAAAUGCUAUAUAUUAAAUGCCGAACGGCAAACGGAUAAAUGGGCUUUUGUCUCAUCCUACCGACACUGUGUGAUAUAUGCGCCGUGAAUGUGGUGAACUAGCUGCCUACACUCGUCAGGCGUCUGAGUAUGAACGCUCAGUUCCAACAGUAGCAGACCCGAAAUUUCAAAUGAACGUUCGUAUUGUUCUCCCUCAAUUACCCGAUGCAGUUGUCUCUGAUGACCAAGACAUGGGCUCACAAACGGAAAUUCCUGAUGUUGGCCCCGAAGAUCUUGAGUUUUCUGCCGAUUCCGACCCCUUUUCUAUCUCAUGAUCUGUUGUAUAAUUUGUUAGGUCAUUCUAUAAUCAAAUCUGUGAUUUACCGCUGCACUUACAAUGGAGGAACUCCAUCAGUUUCCAAAGACAAUGAACCAGAGAAGGGGGAAUAUAUAAAAUCAUCUAAUGAAAAACCAGUUCAAAGUCAAACUAACUGAAACAAGGAAAGAUAUAUCCUGGAUAGAACUUUGAUUGAAAUUACAUUAAAGGGCAAUCGAAGUCAAAACGUCAAACAUCAAUUCUGAACCAAAUUAAAGUAAAGUCAAAGAAAACAAAAGGGAAAAUUCUGAAUCAAAUGCAUGUACUUAAUUUCUUGAAGGUCAUGUUCAAGAUUUGGACUGAAAGGAAAAAUAGUGGGACAAGAAAAGAAAUGGUUUUGUUUUAAGAGACCGUCUUUGUUGCUGUACACGGAUGUUAUAUCCAUGAAUAUAAUUUACUAUUCAGUUUCACAUCCACACUCUAAUGAAGGAUGUAACGAAUUAAUGCUUGUGUAUAUUCACCUCAAAAUCCAACAUGCCCACACCAUAUAUUGCCUUGUAUGCAAUCCUAUCAAAAAAUGACAAUGUGCAAAUGUGCAAAUUUCCUGCGUUAUUAUACUAUUCAUAGUGUGCAGUCAGUGUCAAAUGGAAAGCUAUUUUCAGUUUGCUGCAUAGGGGACGUACACAUAGUUGGUUGUAUUCAUGUAUUUUCUCACAUUCUCAGCUUGUAAGUCUCACUGAAGGAUCGUCACCGGGUGUAAAUAAAUAACCCCUGCGAUGUCGGACUCGCUUCAUUCAUUUUGAAUACGUCGUCACUCGGAGAGCUUACAUCAGAGAUCGUGGGAAUGAGACCUUUGUGAACUCGAGUCUCUGUAUAGGCACAUGUUUUGGUGUACGUUUGGCCCCUUCUUAUCCUUAUAAAGGUAUUUGACUAACCCUUUGUGUAAUCAUAGAAAAUAUAUCCUUACAUGAAACUCGUUUCAUUACAUUAUGACGCCUUCUUUAAUAACUUUGUUUACGGACCGUCCCUAAGGAAUGUGGGGGAAAUAAUUCUUGCAUAAAGAUGUACUUUUUUAUUAAAGCAAGCCUGAUAAUCAUGCUGAUUUCCAUUUAUCAUAACAUUCUGCUAAAAAAACCAAUCCCAAACUGUUUCUUGCCUGACUGAACCAAGUGAUUCAUGCUAAUUGUAAACGACACACAUGUGCUUGUUCACAACUACCAUUCAUAGCUUCAUCAGUGCUCCUUCAUCAGUACAUUUCUGGACUCUCUGGUAUAUUCAUCAUUGCGGAGAAUAGGUUGAAAAUUCAAACCAAGAGAACGUGGAUCUGAGGAAACCACAAUGGUCCAACAAGUUCCAGGGUAUUAUUGCAGUUCUUGGUUACUCUGUGGGUCUUGGUAACCUCUGGAGGUUUCCCUAUAUCUGUCAAAAGAAUGGAGGCGGUAGGUACAGUGUAUUGCGUAUCAAAUUGAUUGUUCGUGAUUGUAAACGUGAAAAUGAUAAGCACCACAUUAGGAACCACACCCAGGAAACUUGUUGAAUGAUGGAUUAGCUGUUGCAUCACUGUUUCUUUGAAGGGGCGUUCCUGAUUCCCUAUGUCAUCUCAACAGCCGUGUUGGCAAUCCCGCUCUUCAUCCUGGAGGUUUCUCUUGGACAGUUUUCUGCAAAAGGGCCAAUUAAGAUUUGGGCAAUAUGUCCACUCAUGACAGGUAAUGACAAGUCUACAUGUAAGUAAACAAUCUGCUUGGAAUUAGCACUUAUGACGGUACAGGAUACACUGCAACUUCGCAGACCACAAGCACUUGUUGCACGCUGCGUGAUUAACUGUGUCAGGUUCCAUGACAAAGGUGUAAGUUUCUUAUUAUUACUAUGCAAACUGUUUUAGGAAUGUGUCUUUGAAAUUUCUGUGCCUGUUUCUAUUUAGGAUGCGUAUAUAUUCCAUUGGUUGGUAGCCGUCUUCUGGUUUUCUUUAGUAGGCCUUAGUAUCGCAUACACGUUAUGUACCAUAUACAUGAAUAGAAUAAACUAUCUAUGAGUAAUGAUGCAUUAACUGUGUGCCUAGGUCUUGGAUUUUGCAUACUAGCCGUCAGCUCUAUCAUCGUCCCGUACUACAGCGUGAUGUUUGCCUGGGCCCUCUACUACAUCUACAACUCCUUCUCAGCCGUCCUCCCCUGGACCACGUGUGGCAAUCCCUGGAACACACCUUUGUGUAUGGUUGUAGGCGACAAUGGAGUUAAUAGUUCAAUUGACAUAAAACCAACUCAAGAAAACGUCACUACACCACAUACAACUGUGAGCAUUGGCCAUGCGAAGUUUAACAAAACUCAAAAAGCUUCGAAUGUUUUUGGUCAUACAUCAACGGAAGAGUUCUGGCAGAACAAGGCUCUAGGUGUUUCGACAGGGAUAGAUGACCUCGGCGCGAUGCAACCACAUCUCGUGAUCUGCUGGUUUAUCACAUAUGUUGUUGUCUUCCUUUGUAUCAUGAAAGGAAUCAAAUCCCUUGGAAAGGUGGUGUAUGUGACAGCGUUGGUGCCGUAUGUCCUACUGUUUGUUUUCCUGGUAAGGUCGUGCACGAUGCCGGGUGCUGUGGAUGGUAUUCUGUUUUUCCUAACUCCAGAUUUCACGCGUCUGCAGCAUCCCCAGGUGUGGUUAGAAGCCCUGGUCCAAGUGUUCUUCUCUGUUGGUCCUGCCUGGGGCACCCUUAUUGUCAUGGCAAGCCACAAUUCAUUCAACUCGAAUGUCAUAAGAGACUCUAUCAUCGUGACCGUCAUUGGCGAGUUGACAAGUGUGUUUGCUGGCUUUGUUGUCUUUGCAACUGUUGGAUUUCUGGCUCAUAGUUUACAACAACCUGUAGCUGAUGUAGUCACUUCAGGUCCUGGCAUAGGAUUCAUCGUGUACCCAGAAGCAGUUGCAUUACUGCCGCUCCCUCAACUGUGGUCUGUCUUCUUCUUUACAACAGUGCUGAUGAUGGUGGUUGACUCGAUGUUAGGGCAUGUUGAGACAGCUAUCGGUUGUUUGGAAGAUCUAUUGCCACGGCGAUUUCACAUCAAGCACCUGCAGACUAUCAUGGCUGCUGUGUUCUUGGGAGCUGUGAUCCUUUCUGGCCUUGUUUUCACAACUCAUGGCGGAGUCUACGUUUUCCAGUUAGUUGACUGGUACUUUGCGGCAGUGGCUUGCUACGUCAUUGCUGUUCUCGAGUGUGUGGCUGUUGGAUGGUGUUACGGUGUCAAGCGUUUCUCUGCUGAUGUUCAAAUGAUGAUUGGGAAACGCCUGCCUGUGAUCUACAGAGUAGCAUGUUUCAUCGUCGUCCCUGCUCUCUUGACUACAGCUUUGGUGUUGACGUUGGCUUCCUACAAGCCUCCGAGAUACGGGGAGUACGACUAUCCUAUGUCUGCCGUCGUCCUCGGCUGGUUCCUUGCUCUUGUGUCGGUUGUUCCUAUCCCAGUGACCAUGGUCAUACAAAUACUCAAGAUGGAAGGAUCCCUGGCUCAGCGUAUUAAAGCUUCUGUGAUGCCCUCGCGUGCGUGGCUGAGAUUAAGACGGCAACAUGGACUGGAAGACGAACAAGAGUCCAUAUCUGUGAAGGAUAACUUCCUGUUUAUGAUCGGACGUUAGUCCCACACCAGUGCAUCAUGUUGUUUCAGUAUCUCCUGCUCUAUACCUGUGAAUGUGUUCCCAACUUGCUGACUAUUGGUAAGCGUAUUCUUGGAAGGAAGUGGUGAAUGGAUGGGCAAUUGUCUUAAAACUUGUCAUAUGUGGAUUUCCGGUUAGAAGAUGUAAGCUGCACCAACGAACUUGGUCAUCCCAAUCAAUUGUUGUUUGUUUAAAAAUCUAAACUAAUUUGAGAUCAACGUCUCAAAAAUGCGCAAAGGAAAUAACUUUGUGAACGAAGCAAAGGAAAUGUUAAACGGUUACCUUUGAUUGGACACAAACUUUCAACAAUAAAAAUACUUUCCAAUAUACCCGCAAAAGAGAUAUUAGAUAUAAAUAUAUUUAUGUAAUCAUAUAAAUAAUCAACAGAUGAUAAUCGAUUGUUCACAAUUGGUACACAUCAUUGCCAUUAACCUAGGUUCCAUAUGGCACUCAUGGAACAGUAGAUUCUCAGGGUGAAAGGUCAUUUCAAUAUCUUGUAUGGCCACCAGUAGAGUCUAAAACUGACUGACAUCAUCGUCCCGUGGAAGCGAACAGAUGCAGAAUUGUGGCCUGGGGAAUGUUCACCCACUCUGGCUGCAGUUCUUGCGCUAACUGUCUGGGGUUGUUACUGUUAUCUGUUUGUUGCUGACGUGCUCGCAGCAAUGGUCCAGUGCAUCCAAUAAAUGUUCGAUUGAGUUUAAAUCUAGAGACCUAGGAUAUGGCAGGACCUGGAUGUUGUGAUUCCUAAAAAAGCUGUUGUCAGUCUUGCCUCGUGAGGUCGGGCAUUGUCUUGGAAAAUGACGUUCGCUUGUUGCGUAAUGGGAAGGACGUGUGACUGAAGAACCUUCAUCCGUGUAACGUUGAGCCGUUAAAUUCCGCAGUUGCACCAAGUCUGCUGUACCAGUGUAGGAAAUGGCUGCCCCCAUCACCACACCACCACCACUAAAUCUGUCCUCUUCCUGUUUGCAGUUUCUUGCAUAACCUUCCCCGCGACGCCGGGAAAAGACGAUGUUUACCAUCUGCACAGCGAAGCAUAAAACGUGACCCGUCACUAAACGAAACGUGUCUUCAUCGCAGUACUCUGUGACCUUGACAACCAUUAACGUUGCAGGCAACGAUGCAGGUCCGUCAAAAUGACACCCGGUCGUCUUGCGCGAAUACCUUCAGCGCGUAAACGGUUCCUCACUGUCUGGGCUGAUGUCCUACGCAAUCCUAGUAUUGGCUUAGUUGUAGAGAUGGGCGUGGUGGUUCUUUCACUUAAGUGACGUAGCCUUGGGAAUCUACUCUAGUAGUGACACGUUGUCGUCAGGAUCUGGAAAGGUCCUUUGUGUCCCGUGUGUCUGAUAACGGUUCUAUAGUUUUGUAAUGGUGCUUAGUGCUACGUGGAAAAACCUUGCUGCAGCUGAAGAUAAUUCUCCUGUUUGAAGUCGGGCGAUGGCGUUGUUGCGUUGGACUUCCGUCAGUCCUGGCAUGUUUUCGCUGUUAGAUUGUGAUGUCAUUGAAAUGAAAACCCAACGUUUUCAUAGCCGAAAAAAGUGAUGUUGCACGUGCAUGUCAUGUUGAUGUGUUUCGGCGCCAGGCUCUCAUGUGGUUGUGUUUUUGCGAUUUGCCAUCUUUUCACUAAUUUUUUCAGUACCUCAUUCUUUCCACACAAAUCAAUCCCAGCUCAUGCAGAAAUGGCAAAUUCAUUUUGGGUAUUAAUUCAGUCCGGAUGCCGUGCCGGUUACACUCUGUUAGAUAUUUACAAUUUUACUACCUUUGCUUUUCCUUUUAUCCAGAGUAUAUAUGAGUUAUUACUCCAUAUAAUCAAAGUAAACAAGAAAAUAUAACACUGCAAAACGUUUUAACAAUGUUGAAAUAAUGCUUGAAUAAAAAGAAUCGUGACAUUUAUACAGCCCUAAAGGACAAGUUCGGGUAAUAAAAACAAUUUGAUUGUCAUUCAUCAAUUGGGCGUGAUUACAAACGAACUUUUUCUGAAGUAAAUUAAUUACGAUCCCAAAUUUCAUAGCCUUUUCGGUGCAAUAUAGAUGCUUAAGAACGGUUGAAAAAUCGUCAAGAAAACGUCCAAUUACCCGCGCAAAAAGACGUUUUCGUGUUUGCAGUGGAGUAAUGUCUCUUUUUUAAUAUCCGAACACUGAACACCAGACAGGAACUCUCUGAUUCAGAAUGAUACGUGGACAAUAACAUGGAUUACCUGAACUCCAUGUUACUGAGAUCGAAUUCUCGCAGAAUGCUCAAACUUCACAAUCAUUUUAUGCACUCUUGUGAAGCUUAUGACCUAAUCUCUUUUCUCUCGUAUUGAUUGAUCUCCCUUACUGGUGUUCUUGAACAAGUCUUACAGCACGCUUCUAUGUAUAUGGCCAAUUUGCACCAGAAUUGCACCUUAAAAGCUGUUAGAGGUUUGAACCUUUACGUGUACAAGACAUAUUGGACCCCUAACGUUGGUGAUAUUCUGGAUACUCAGUGUCACAUGUUAAACGCAUAUGACAGCCACGCAUAAAUGCGAUAUUGGUUAGUGUUGCUAUUUUUACAUCUGUCAUAUCAUUGUUUUUUACAGCUGUCAUUAAAUCUUUGCUCCUUGCUUAUAAGUUUCAAGUUGAAAAGGAAAUUAUGUUUUAUAUUAAAGUGUUGCUCUCUCAUUCCAUUUGUGAGUAUUGUUUUAUUAAACUUCGGAUAUUCAUUCA